AUGGCUCGGAUCCAUCAAUUAGGUCAAGUCCGUAGACUCGCAUACUCAUUUCCUCGGAUUCAAUCUUCCGAAAAAACUGAAUCGCCGUGAAAAGACAAUUCGGAGCAGGGGAUUCCAACUGUAAAGGUCAUUCGCGUGAAACGACUCCGAUCGAAGAACCAUCCAGAUGUUGGUUAUUUUCUGAAUUACUUUUUCUAUCGAUUGGUAAGACGGCUUUCGAAGGUGAGGAAACUUCCAGAGUGUUCGGGAAUCCAGUCCGAUAUUGCAGAUGUCCAAAACGAGACGCUUGUUUCUUUCCAUGCAAGACGACGACGAUUUUUGGGGAAAUGGAGAUCGCUUCGAGGAGGAGAAAUCGAAGCAGCGAAAGUGUCGGUUGGCAGAUGACGACGAGGAAGAAAUGGAGGAGAAGUACUUCUUCAAACAGAGCAAACUUGCCCGUCAACGCAUGCAGGAGCAGACGGAGGAGGAGGCGGAAGGCGACGACGGAGAUGAGGAGCUGUAUAGAGAGACUGUGCCGGGGAACAACUGGAAUGUGUGCAUGGAGGUUCCGAACGAUGUGGUCGUCAAGAGUGACGCGAGAAAGCCCGAUCCUUUGAUAACUUCUGCUGGUGGGUGUGUGACAUCCUGGCCGGAUCUAGUCGACUCAUCUGCAGUCGUUAAUGAAAAUGCGAUCCCGAAGCAACCGUUCCAAGUUCCCGUCGACUCCAACGACUCGUUCUUCACCAAUUACCGUACUUUCUUCCGCGGACGUCCUGAGGUUCUUAAUUUGAUUCGCAAUCUUUAUGAGAAUGGAAAUGACGACUUCCAAAACAAUUUUAUUGAGUUGUACGAGAAAACUCGCAAAAGGUGAGUGCCCAGAAUGUUCUAAAACUCAAAUCAUCAUAAAAAUUCAGAUUGGAGAUGUUCCCAAACCCUCAAAUAAACCAAAUUCUUCGCCGCACGACGACCGCCAACACGAACACUUCGGAGCAGCGCGCCCGUUCCCGGCAGGCCGUCGUCGUGUCCAACUUCCGCGAGCCAGACCGCCGCCUCGGCCGCUACUCGAAGUACUAUUAUCAUCACAAUGUCGGCCCGGAAGUGUACAGCCGGAAAGUCUUUGUUGGAGGUCUUCCUGCUUGUGUGACUGAAGGUUUGCGUUCUCGCUGAUCUUUCAGACAUGACUCGCUCAUUUCAGUUGAGAUUCUCGGGUUUUUCUCGCAAUACGGUCGUCUCCAAGUGGAUUGGCCCUCGAAACACUACGGCUCCAAGUCCGAUUCGGAUCCUUCCCUCUGCAAUGAGGUCAUCUCGACUCCUCCUCCUUCCACUCAACCGAUGUCUCAUCUUGCCUUGGCUUCUCCUCCUUUCGGACAAAUCAACCCGUUCAUGACGGACUUGUCGGCUCAAUCGGAUACUCCGAUGGGCGGAUUCAGUCGCCACAACAAUGGCGGAGGAUUUCAGAACUACUCUGGGUUCGGAAGCGGAUUCGGAACGACGAGAAGCGAGGGAAGUACUGGAGAGAAGAGACAGCAACAUCUUGGAUACGUCUUCCUUCUAUUCGAGAAGGAGCGCAGUGUUCGCGACCUGGUUGCUGAUUGUUAUGAGGAAGAAGAGGGGCUCUUCAUCACUUUGGAGAGUUCUCUCGAGCCCAUCCGUGUCCAGAUCCGCCCGUGGCUGCUCGCCGAUGCCGAGUUCCUGAUGGAUUUCAACGUUCCGAUCAACACGAAGCUUGUCGCUUUCAUUGGAGGCGUGCCGAGACCUCUGAAGGCCGUCGAGUUGGCGCAUUUCUUCGAACAAACCUACGGGAACGUCGUGUGCGUUGGCAUCGACAUCGACAACAAGUUCAAGUAUCCACGUGGAUCGGGAAGAGUGGCCUUCUCCAACUACGACGCCUACGUUCAGGCAAUCACGGACCGGUACAUUGUACUGGAUCACGAGGACAUUCACAAGCGGGUAUGAAAAGAAUAAGGAAGGGAAAGAAGAAUGAGAGUUCAGUUGCAGGUGGAAAUCAAGCCCUACUUCUUCCACAAUCAGUCGUGCGAGGAGUGUUCCGGCCGUUACCACCGCCAGCACGCACCCUUUUUUUGUCCGUCCCUCGAGUGUUUCCAGUAUUAUUGCGAACCGUGCUGGCACAAAAUGCACUCCCAUCCUAGCCGUUUCCAUCACAUGCCGGUCGUCAAAGGAGUCUAA